GACAGAAGCUGUGUAACAUUACAGCCAAGGCAACGGUCGUGCUUAUACGUUAAGGACUAGCUGUGCGGAGUUUUACAGUGAACCACAAUGCCUUGUUUCUUACCUAUAGGCCUGCUUAUAUUGAUAAUGCGACUAUCGACAGCUGCGGACGAUGCAGUUCCUGAUAUCCUGUUGAGUUUAUCAGCAGUUGCUGGUGGUAAAGUGGAUCUACCUUGCGAUAUCGCAUCUCCUAUGGAAGAAGACGAAGUUUAUUUGGUUUUGUGGUACAAAGACGAAUCUACUACACCUAUAUACAGUGUGGACGCUCGUAAAGGGAGACUCCCUCAAGCACGUCAUGCUGCUAGUGACAAUCUUUCGUCUAGGGCAUACUUCUCAGUUAUAUCAAAGCCUUCGGUUCUUGAAAUGGAAUCUCUAGUUGCUGAAGAUGAAGGAGAAUAUCGGUGUCGUGUUGAUUUUCGUAAAGCUAGGACAAGAUAUUCGAUUAUCUACUUGCAAAUAAUCGUGCCUCCCGGAAUUCCCAUCAUCAAAGACCACAACGGCGAGGUGCUCCAGGGCAUGAUAGGUCCCUACAAUGAAGGGGAUCGACUCUUACUCAUCUGCGAAUCCGAAGGCGGUAAACCAUUGCCUAGCCUUACUUGGUGGAAGAGCACCAUCUUACUAGAUGAUACUCAUGAGGUAACAUCACCCAAUACUGUAAGAAAUGAAUUGGAGAUUGCUGUCCUUAAGAGAUUGGACUUGAUGGCUGUGUAUAUAUGUCAAGCAUCGAAUAAUAACAUAUCCGUCCCAACUUCAUCUUCUAUAACUCUGGAAAUGAACUUUAGACCACUGGAAGUGAGAAUUGAAGGGCAUAGAAGGCCACUGUCAGCUAAAAAACCAUUAGAACUAGUUUGUAUGACAACAGGCUCAAGACCUCCCGCUGUUAUUACGUGGAGGAAAGGAGAUACAAAAUUAAAAUCAGUCAAGGACAAAAUCUCAGUUGGUGAUAGUGUUACAACAAGCACUUUAAUAUUAACGCCGACCAGCGAAGAUAAUGGGAAAUUUCUUUAUUGUCAAGCUGAUAAUUUAGUUAUCCCUGGAAGCACAAUAGAAGAUAGCUGGAAACUAGAAGUUCAUUUUGUACCUCAAUUAACACUUCGUCUAGGAAGCAAACUUCGACAUUCCAAUAUCCAAGAGAGAAAUGACGUUUACUUCGAGUGUAAUAUCCGGGCGAAUCCUUGGGUUACAGAUAUUGGUUGGAAAUUCGACAAUCAAGAAUUACAUACUAAUUUAUCCGCUGGGAUUAUUGUCAGCAAUCAAACUCUAGUACUACAGAGAGUACAGAGACAUAACAGAGGACGUUACAGCUGUACUGGCACCAAUACAGAAGGGCAAGGAGAAAGCAAUCACGUUCAUCUCCGAGUUCAAUUUGCUCCUGUUUGCAAACCUGGACAAAAGACAUUGUACGGUUCUUUAUUGCAUUCAGCAGUGAGGAUCCUAUGUGAAGUUGAAGCUGAUCCUGCAGAUGUAACAUUUCGAUGGCAAUUUAAUAAUACUUCAGGCAAUUUAGAAGCUUUAACUUCUCGCAGCACUGGAACAAGGAGUGUUGUCAACUACAUACCUAGAACUGAACACGACUUCGGCACUUUAUAUUGCAGGGGAAAGAAUAGUGUUGGAUUACAGACCGAACCGUGUACUUACACAGUGAUACCUGCAGGGGUACCAGGAAUGGUACGAAACUGCUCCAUUAACAGUGAAACGGAACAUUCUUUUCUGCUUCAUUGUGCCGAAGGAGACGACGGUGGUCUGGCACAACACUUUUAUAUGGAGGUGAGAGAAGCUGCCACAGACCAACUUCGAGCUAAUAUCUCUGCUGACAGACCAAGUUUUGUGGCUCGAGGUUUGCCUUCCAAUACAAUAUUCCAAGUGACUGUGUAUUCGGGCAAUGCCAAAGGCACUAGUGUACCUGUCACCCUCAGAGUGGGAACCCAUCCUACACCAGAAAGUCAGACACAGAAAGAUGAUGUAUGGCAGCUCAACAUAAAUCCCUACCUCUGGGUUCUUAUUGCUAUAGUAGUAGGAUUAAUCUCAGUCGCUCUCUUUGUUGUUCUUUAUAUGAAAACAAGAAACAGACAUCAUGCCAUAAAAACUGCUUCACAAACGAUGGCUUCUUGCAAGUCACCAUCAUCAGCUCCUGCUUUUCCUGAUGACGGAUGUGACGUUUGUGCUUGUACUGGAAGAGGAGAAGAAAAGCUUCCUGUCUUAAUAACAGGCAAUGGUAUGGUUACAACAAAUGGUGAGAGAAAAGAUGGUGAUGGAGGAUUAAUGUUUAUUAAUAGUAAUUGUGUAGGAUGGAAGAAAUUUCAGACAAAUCCUGACUGCGAUUUGGUUACAAAAUCAAUCCUAAAUGUGCCUAUAGAAGAUAAGGAAUCGUUGGACUGUAAUGUAUCUGUAUCGCCAUCCAGUCGACCUCCAAGCAUCUCUUCACCAGGAACAGCAUCACCGGAAGAUGUUCCAACUAAAACGCAGAAAUGCAACUCGAGGUACACAUCCAAAACUUCUCUCACAGAUGAAAGCAAUGCAACUUUACCGUUGAUGUCAAGCAGACAAACAGAAGUGUGACUAAGGCUUUAUAAUCUGUAAAAAAAAUCAGGAAAAUAAUACUUUCAACAAGGCCAGUCGAAUUUUGACUUUCCUUUCUUUUUUUGCCUGUGCAUAACACAGUUUUCUGGGAUCUAUCCUGAGAUAAAAAUAAAAUGCCAAGAUGAUCCUUGACCUGUGCCUGAAUCAACUGUUGAACAGUUGCUGCCAUAAAAUGACAUUAGUAUAUUUAAAAAAAUAAUUAAGGGAAAAAAUCAACCAAAAACAAACAAACAAAUAAAUAAAUAAAUAAACAAUAUUUAUAUCUGGAAGAGAGUUGUAGCCAAGUCGAAGAGAAGAAGAUUUUACAACUUUUAGAAGAAUGUUCUAUGCAUCGUCGCUGCACAGAUCAAAAAGAAAACAAACUUAUUGCGCCGAGCGCAAAACAAAUUAGUGCCAUCUACCUCUUGCAGUGCAGAAAAAAUGAAAAAUAUACACCACCCUCAAGCAGAGGAACCACGUAUAUAGUCAAAAAAAUUGCUAGAAGUUGCCAAAAAGUGAAGCAGAGAAACCACUCCCAGAACAUGACUCAAACUGGGAUCAACCAUAAACCAUAUUGUGGUCAUUGUAAACCCUCUUAUAAAAUGAUUUUUAGCGAUCUUGAUAAGAAAAAUUCUCAAAAAAAUCAUAAAAUCUUGUGAACCAAUGUUGCUAUUACAUUAAACCCCCAAAAAAUCCAUCAGAUCUUCUUGAUUCUUUAAAGCAACGUACAAUUUGGUAAAAAGAAAAACCCCCUCGAAAUGGACCAAUAUAUAUUUAAUUUUAUUGUUAAUCGUGAUUUACGCUCUUUGAAUAUUAAAAAAAUACAAUAUUAAAACACUUUUUAUACUAGUUUUCAAACAAAAAAUAAAUUAUAUAUACAUAUAAAUAUAUAUAUUAUACUGCUAAUAUACGAAUGCUACUUUUUUAAAACAAGUAGCAAAAUGGGUGGAGGUAAAUUUGGAUAUAAUUGACCACACCCUGACUAUUAGCAAAUUUUUGUGUGAUAUAAUUUCGUCACGAUGUUAUAAAUUUAAUAACUAAAAUAAAAAUAAAAAAAUUGGAAAAAUUUUAAAAAAAAGAGCUUUGUCUACAUUGGUUCCACAUUGGAUGACGUCAUUUUAAACAUUGUAAAGACAACAAAUGAUAUUUUUUGUUUGUUUUCUGUAAUCUCCCGUGUGACAUUUUUCAUUAAUCGUUCAUUUUUUCAACAGAAGAAAAACAAUGUAUGCUCUCUUAAUGGAGUGUUUUUUGUAUGUAUUGUGUAUCCUUCCAUUGUCAUAAUAAAAUCACGUCUUCCGAAAAUAAUUUCACCAAUAAUUUAAAUAUAUUUUUUUAAAAUAAUAAUUAUAAUAAAGUGCGUAUAAAUUAAACUUUUACAAUGAUUUUUCUAACUCAAUAAAUUGAAGUAGAACUGUUGACAGGGUGUGAAGAUUAGGGGUGUGAAAAUUAUCAAAAAAAUAUAAAACGAGUCGAAUGUUAGAGAUUCAAAUUAUAUCAUUUUUGGUGUUGUGAGAAGAUUAUUUAUCGUUACAAAUAAUAAUUUUAUGCAUUUUUUUGCAUAAAAAGUGAAUUAAUCAAGGAGGAAUUUCUUUAUGUCUUCUUAUCUUAACUAUAAGUUGCUUCUCUGCAUUGCACCUGUUUCU